AUGGAAAACUGCCGGCAAAAGAGCACCUCCGGCGACACAUUCUCCUUUCCGAGCACCCCGAUCCACGAGCAAGACUCCGAUUUCGAAUUCGGAUGCUUCACCCCUGACUCAGCCUCCAGCACUGAUCCCUGCAAAGACUCCCCUGCAGACCAUUUGUUCUUCAAUGGCAGGCUCUUACCACAUGCCUUCCCAUUUCAACCAAUUAGCAACGGUUUUAUGGGUGUCGAUAGUAAUUCACGGAGAACAAGCCGGACGAGCAGCAUUAGCAGCAAGGACUCUCUCAUGUCCUCAAGAAGCAAUAGCACCAACAGCAGGAGCAGCAGCUGCAGCAGCAGCGCAAGGACAAGCUCAAGCGACAACUCUGAGAGGAAAUUGGUGCACCAAAACAAAUUGGGUUCUAGAGCUUCAUCAGAUAGAUACAAAGGAAACAGAGCUAAUAAUCUCGGAGGUGGACAAGUUUAUGGUUCUUCUCAGAGAUGGCAAUUCAUAACAGCUGUGCCUGUACCGGCUUCUUUAAGCCGUGACAAUUCUAGGAAGAAGGCGAAAAUGGAUCAGCUUGAAGGGAAGGAGAAACCUAUCAAAGGGAAGAGAAAAGUCCGGGUGAAGACGGUGGUGGUCCCCCGGAGUUUUGGCCGGAGAUUUUUCCGGUGGCUUGUUUGGACCUGCAGAAAGUGUCACGCAAUGGAACCGUCCAAUAAAAGUAGCGAUCAUGUAAUUAAUUAA